AACGGAGGACGUACAUGCGCUAACAGCGCGAGGCUGAAGGGGGAGCAGAAACUACAUUUCCCGGGGAUACCAAGAACGAGUUUCCGGUGUUGCGAAUUUGCGAAGCAGAAGUCACUCGAAAGAGAUUAGCUAGCGUGCUAGCAGCUGAAACGCUUUCAGAUGUGGAAAUUGGAGCCAAACGGGGGACUUUAGCUAUAACUGACACAAAGAGACAGCAGCACUACAAAAGAACCCAGCUGUUGCCAUGGCAAUCCUUUUCGCUGUCGUGGCUCGUGGAACCACGAUCCUGGCGAAGCACGCGUGGUGCGGCGGGAAUUUCCUGGAAGUCACCGAGCAGAUUUUGGCCAAAAUUCCCUCAGAGAACAACAAACUGACCUACAGUCACGGCAGUUAUCUCUUUCAUUACAUCUGCCAUGACAGAAUCAUCUACCUCUGCAUCACAGAUGAUGACUUUGAAAGAUCACGUGCGUUCGGCUUCCUCGGUGAAGUCAAGAAGCGCUUCCAGACCACAUACGGGUCCCGAGCGCAAACCGCUCUGCCGUACGCCAUGAACAGUGAAUUCUCCUCUACACUUGCAGCCCAGAUGAAGCACCACUCAGACCCACGGGGGACGGAUCGAGUGACUGAGACUCAGAUGCAAGUUGACGACCUAAAGGGUAUUAUGGUCCGUGACAUAGACCUGGUCGCUCAGAGGGGAGAGAAGCUGGAGUUGCUGAUUGACAAGACAGAAAGUCUGGUUGAUUCAUCGGUCACGUUCAAAACCACGAGUCGUAACCUCGCACGAGCCAUGUGCAUGAAGAACCUCAAACUGACGGUUGUCGUCGUGCUGGUUGCUCUGGUGAUCCUCUACAUCAUCGUGUCCGCUUCCUGUGGAGGCCUCAGCUGGCCGUCCUGCGUCAAGAAAUAAGACGGGAGUGGGGGAUGAAAAGCGGGAGGCCGAGGAAGAGGAGGAGAAAGACCUGUUUUAACUUCAAAUGCCAAUGGACGAACAGACAUGCAGCGCUCUUCUCCACCCUCUGCCCCCUUCUAACGUCGCCGGGAGACGCAUGCUUCGUCUCCUCCUCCUCCGACCCGCUCUGUCGCCCUCACGCUACAAACCUGCACAUUUAUUUGCCUUCAGGACCAGGAGUCCCAACUUUUACGCCCACAUUUCUAAACAGUGGCCUGAUGUGGGAGAAUAAAUCUUGUCCUGCCGUCCGUCUGGUACAUCCAUCCCGUCUCCUGCACUCGUUGGGCCUGACGUGUCGGGUUGUGAUCUUUGUCUUGCACCUGUGUCUGUGUAAAUAAUCCACUCAGACUGAUGAACUGCAAGAAAAAGAGAAGAAUGCCAAGUGUAAUUUUUUUCCUUUUUUUUUUUUUGAUGUCAAAAGAAACGUGCGGUUCCUGCAGGCGUCAGUAGCAUCCAUCUUUGACUGCAGAUGAGUGAGCCGAGAGUCUGAGCCUGAUUUAAACUACUAAAGUAAACAGUUUGGGCUAAACCGAUGCAGUGUGAAUAUUUACAUUUGCUUAAUCACACAGUGCAACAGCACCUUCUAAAGUGUGUGUUCAGAUGAUAUCAAAAGAAUGAAUAUUGAUUAAUAUUGCUGGUAGUUAAUAGCUAUUUUAAAGCAUUUGUGAUUAAUGAAAGGAUAUUUUUCCCUCCUGCUGGCUGUGAACCUGAUUGAAAGCUUCCUGUUUCUUUCCCUACCAAUGGGAUGUUCAGUGUGGCCACCAUUAUUAUUAUUUUUUUAACACGGUGCACUUUUGAUAAUGUACAUAGCUCUUUGUCUUCUGGCAUCACAUGGCUUUUGAUUAUGGUGUUAUUUAAUUACUGUACCUCAAGAUUUAAAAGAAUGAAAUAAUCCGAUGGCUUGAGAAUUUCUUUAAAAAUAACCUAAAAUUCAAAUGUAUCAGCUUAUGCUCAUAGUGGCUGUAUGAACUAUGUAAUAUCUACUGUUUCUUACGCGUGUCAAAAAUAUUGCCAAGUAAGUAAAUGCAUUGUUCUAUAUUGAGAAGCUAGAAUCAUUUUAUUUUUACAUCCGUUCCCUUUGUGACUCGUAUGAUAAACAUUUAGCUUCAAACUUGAUAUCACAAUUUAUUCAUUUUUCAACCUGUCAUCAAUACAUACGUCAACAGAAAAUUUCAAUCCAAUAAUUUAAACAAUUCAAAUCUAGCAAACUUGCAGUGAUCUCAGUCGUAUCUGCAUCUUGUUUUGUUUUUCUCCGUCAUGUCAUCUUUGUUUUUCUGGAGAUAACCAGAGGAAAUGUAUUUUCCUACACAAUAUUUCUAACUGAAAUUGAACUUUCUCCUUGUGUCGCAUGAAAAAACUUGCUUAUGAAGCUUACAGCGUUCCACCAAGGCUGAUCACUGACAUUUUCAAUGCGUUUCUGCACCAGAGACGCAUCUCCGGUGGCCAAGCCAUGAUAUUUCAUUGCCAAUUUUACUUAUGUUUCUUUGAGCAACGACAAUAAAGUAAGAAUAAUCCA